CUCCUCCUCUCUCUCUCUCCCGCACCAGGAAGCCGUUCUGGGCUGAUAUCGGAGGCUUUUUCGCGUGUUACUGUAUUGUACUGUGAAUCUUGGGAGGGGGGCUCCUCUAAAGAUAGGCUAAUCCGCCUCUCAUUCACCCCCGCCUUACCUACAUUUCAUUUUGGUGGAUGAAUGUAUAAGAGGGUGGACUUUUAAAUCGUUGAUUAAUGUAUUUAUUUUGAACAUUUUGUUUAUGAUUUGGUUUUUAACACUCCAAGAGGGCAGAAAUGGCGGCCAACAUGUACCGGGUCGGAGAUUAUGUCUUCUUUGAGAAUUCGUCGAGCAACCCGUACCUGAUCAGAAGAAUAGAGGAGCUGAAUAAGACGGCGAGCGGAAAUGUGGAGGCCAAGGUGGUGUGUUUCUACAGGAGGAGAGACAUCUCACACAGCCUGAUCCAGCUGGCAGACAAGCAUGCGAAGGACCUGGAGGAAGAGAGAGAUAGCCCAUCAGAACCUGAGCUGUCAGAGAAACAAAAGCACCAGCUCCGCCACAGAGAGCUUUUCUUGUCACGCCAGUAUGAAUCCCUCCCAGCCACACACAUACGGGGGAAGUGCAGUGUUGCGCUUCUUAAUGAGACGGAGUCGGUGUUGUCCUAUCUGGAAAAAGAGGAUACAUUCUUCUACUCGCUGGUGUACGAUCCCACACAGAAAACGCUGCUGGCCGACAAAGGGGAAAUUCGCGUAGGGCCACGCUUUCAAGCAGAUGUCCCUGACAUGAUGCAAGAGGGUCUCAUUGAUGACCGAGACCAGUCCAAGCUGGAGGAGCAGAUGUGGGACCCAGAGUGCCCGCUGACCAACAAGCAGAUCGACCAAUUCCUGGUGGUGGCUCGGGCGGUGGGCACGUUCGCGCGGGCCCUGGACUGCAGCAGCUCCGUCAGACAGCCCAGCUUACACAUGAGCGCAGCGGCCGCCUCGCGAGACAUCACACUGUUCCACGCCAUGGACACGCUGCACCGGCACAACUACGACCUGUCGAGCGCCCUGAGCGUGCUGGUGCCCCAGGGGGGGCCGGUGCUGUGCCGCGACGAGAUGGAGGAGUGGAGCUCCUCAGAGGCCAACCUGUUCGAGGAGGCGCUCGAGAAGUACGGCAAGGACUUCAACGACAUCCGGCAAGACUUUCUCCCGUGGAAGUCUCUUACCAGCAUCAUUGAGUAUUACUACAUGUGGAAGACCACAGACAGAUACGUUCAACAGAAACGUUUGAAAGCAGCAGAAGCCGAGAGCAAACUGAAGCAGGUUUACAUCCCAACAUAUAAUAAGCCCAAUCCCAACCAGAUCUCGCUGAGUAACGGCAAGAUGGCCACCAUGAACGGGGCCGCCGCUCCAGGAACCUUCCCUCCCUCAGGGGCUGGCCGCGCCUGCGAAAGCUGCUUUGCCAUCCAGUCCCCACAGUGGUACUCAUGGGGCCCCCCCAACAUGCAGUGUCGCCUGUGCGUGGCCUGCUGGAUGUACUGGAAAAAGUACGGCGGCCUGAAGAUGCCAAGCAGAGCAGAAGGAGCAGAGGAGAGAACGCCUCCGAGCCCCACAGCCACCACCGAACCUCGGUCUCGCAGUCACGGCAUGCGGCAGUCCUCCCACAUGGUGCCGGUGCGCAACAGCGGCAGCCCCAAGUCCUCCAUGAAGACCAAACAGGCCUUCCUGCUGCAGGCCACACGCCUCACCAAGCUGGCGCGUCACAUGUGCCGUGACCUCAUCCGGCUGCGCCGCGCCGCGCGCCGCCCCUUUGUGCCCAUUAACUGUGGCGCCAUAAAGGCGGAGUAUAUGAUCAGAGCGUCGGAGGGGACUGGAGGCAGGCCGGUGCGAGUCAGACCCACACCCAGAAGCACCCUGACCAGCGUGCUGCAGUUCCUGGAGUCCCGUCCAGCCCCCCACGGGCUGAGGCCCCCGAGGACCCCCAGCCUGCAGGUGCAGCCCCCGCGCCGCCUGCUCUCCUCCCUGCCCAGCCACGGCUCACUCAGCAUGCUGGGCAAGCGCAGCUACCAGCACCACAGCCGCGCAGAGGCCGAGAGGAGAGGAGCCUCCGCAGCGCAAGAUAACCCAGGACACAUUGUGGGACCUGUUCUGCAUAAUGGGAAGAGCAGCAGCGGGUCAAACAUGCGUGCUAGCAGCAUGAUGCUGCGUAAGCGCCGGCCUAAUUGGAUUGACGCCCCUGACGACAGCUUCUUUCUCGUUUCCCGGGAGACCAGGAAAGCUCGGAGGCUGCUCACUCGCUCUCAACUCAGAAAAGCUUGUAGGCAGCCGUGUGAGCAGAUCCACCUGCGCAGGGUCUCCCAGGGGCCUCCUCAGGGGCCGGUGGUGGCCCCCCCUCACCCCAGCCUGAGGAUGCGCGGUCCCAUCGUCAUCCACGACUGAUCUCUAGUGCUGCUGGCCACCCUCUGCUCCGACCCCCU